UGUGUGAGCCCCAUAGAACGGUUCCCCAGUAAAGGUGCGUUUAUCUGGACCUAGUGACAAGUGUUGCACUUUAUUCGUGACCUACUAUUUCUCACACACACAAGUGAACGAUGAGGUUGGUGCUACUGGGGGCAGUACUUUGUCUCGCCAUUCUAGGAUGCAGGGCAAACCCAAUCCAAACCAUAACCGUACCGGAUGAAGCUAGAUCGCUAACCGAUCAAGAGGCUGUCCAGAAACGAGGUGAAAUUCAAGAGGCGCAAACUGGUGUGUUUAAAACUGAAGAGAAACCCGAAGAGAAGAAAGAGGAAGUGAAACCAGAGGAAGCGAAACCCGAAGAACCUGUGGCCGUUGAAGAGACCCAAGCGGUCGUUAAAGAGGAAAAGAGGCCGAAGCAGAAGAUCAAGGUUACUGGCAGACAGUCGAGUGAUGACGAGGAUGAUGAUGAUGAUGACGACGAUGACAUCGGUUUAGGGGAUGAUGACGAUGAUGAUGACGACGAUGAGGAAGAAACUGCCGCAGAUGGUUCUGAUGACGAUGACGACGACGAAGAGGAGGACUACUUCGAAAGAUUAUUCGACGACAUCUUAGGAGAUGACGACGACGACGAUGAAGAAGACGAUGUCUCCCCAUCUACCGGUUCCCAACAACCGGCCGUCGUUCAGCCCGCCGAAGUCGUCCCCGAGGUGAGCCCGUCCGAAGAGCUGGACGCCGCCGAGGAGGCCGCUGGCGAAGCAGAAGCCGCCGCUGAGGGUACGGAAACGGAAGUGUCCGAAAGCGAUUCCGUAAUUGACAAAGACCCGUCCGACGCUAGCGUACAGAGCACGGUUCAGCACCCGGUCGUCGUAGACCCAGUGCCGGCCGUCGAGGAAGCUAGCGACGACGAUGACGAUGACGAUGACGACGAUGACGAUGACAUUGGUGCACUUGACGAUGACGAUGACGACGACGAUGACGAGGGUGACGAAGACGCGGCCGAUGAUGACGAGGAUGAUGACGAGGAAACGGAUAUUGAAGAUGUGAUCGAAGCUAAGCAAGCACGUGCGAUGCAAAGUAUGCCAAAAAUGCCGGCAAUCUACAUCUCAAAAUACAACCGAUUCGUCGAUAACAUAGUAGGUAGGAUCAACAGAAUCCUCGGCAAGUCGUACGAUCCAGUCCGCGUCAAACUCCAAUCGAACGAAGCCAAGAGCAAGAACAACAAAAGGAAGAAGAGCAACAAGAGAAGGAACAGCGUUAGGAGGAACUCCAUCAAGAACAAAAUGGGAAAUUUGUCGAUUGCCAGGAAUAAGAUGGAGGAAGUGGCCAUUGCCAGGUCUACGGAAAGCGAAAGCAGAGAGCCGGCGUUCAUUUUAAUAUCGAAGGCUGGAGAGUCAUCCGGAUAUCCGAUCAGAAACGUCACCGUUAACACGGAAACCAGAGCCGCGCCAACCAGAACCAAGACCAAAAGCAAGAAGAAGUCGAACAGAAAUAAGACGGGCAAUAAGAAAACUUCCACGAAGAAGACAACAACCAAGCCCACCACCAAAAAGAGUCCCAAGGCACGCGCCACCCUGUUUGGUCUCAGUUCAAUUAAAAGGGAAGGAGACGUCAUCGUCAACAUGAUGUCCGAUCACACCACGGUCAAAUCCAACUUCGUUUUGGGACCGUUGACUCUGCGAGUAGAACGAGAGUUUGGCAGAGGAGCAAAAAGAGAGCUGAAGAGCGCCACAGCAACAACCGCGGAAAUGUAUGGGAGAUUAAACUUGAGGAUAAUGCACGGUGGUGCGGCCACACUCCACUCCAUCAGAGUGCUCCAACCAAAACAGGUGAGAGUGGACAGCGCUGACGAUCACGAGAAAACCAAAGAGUUUAUGUGGAAGAGGAGUUCCAACAUUGCCUCCGUCGUAUCACAAAAACUUGCAUCUGCCGCUAGAUCGAUGUUAAAGCCGCCACCAAGAUCGUAGUUGCGAGAUUAUCCAAAUUGUACAAAUCUCAUAGUUUAACAAUGUGUUCUGUCUAAUGGGGUGUUAAUUGCAACAGUGCCUCUACUAAAUUUAAGAACGAACUAAACGUACUGUGCCUUUUAGAUAUUUUCUUAGUGAUAUUAUUUAUUGUGUUUCAUUAACUUAUGUAUUUAUUUGUAGUAUUUAUUGUAGUGUUAUUUAUUUUAUACUAAUAAAUUGAUUUUACG